UAUGAAACGGCCCUCUAAGAUUGAAAAAGCCCAUCUAUAUUUGGUAACAUCUCUUCUUCGGGGUAGUAAAAUAGAAAUCAGCAGAGCGGCCAAGGGGAAGAAAGCCAAGGAACCCUAUACCCAUCUUGCAGAUCGAUUAUCCAGUCAUCGUCUAAUGGAUGACCCGGAGCUUGAAGCCAUCCGACAAAGAAGGAUGCAAGAAAUGAUCGCUCAACAAGGCAUUAGGAAUCAGCAAAAUGAAGGGCAACAAAACGCACAAGAAGAUGCCAAGAGGGAAGCCGAGGAACGAAGACAACUUAUGCUUAGCCAAAUAUUGUCAGUUCAGGCAAGAGAAAGACUUGCCAGAAUAGCAUUAGUGAAACCUGACAAGGCGAGGGGUGUGGAAGACGUUAUCCUUAGAGCAGCUCAAACGGGUCAGAUUAGUGAAAAGGUCUCGGAGGAAAGGUUGAUCUCAAUUCUUGAGCAGAUUAAUACCCAAACCACCAAACAGACCAAAAUCACUAUUCAACGACGCCGCAGUGUCCUUGAAGAUGAUGAUUAAGGUUUUGUUUGGGACGGGCUUUUUGUCACUUUUUAAACUAGCUUUUUAGUAUAAAAAAUUUAAUUUUUUUAUUAAAAAGCUGCUUUAAGAAGCGGCAAAAAAAACCGUGCCCAAUGAAGCCUAAGAAGAAUCAGGCUACUGAUGAGCCUUCUGGGUUAGCUAUUGCUUGCAUUUUAUCCCUUUUGUCGUGUAAAGUAAAUGAGUUCUCAUUCACUAUGUUGGUUAACUUUAUAAACAUGUGUAUUGUACUAUUGUCCUUGGUUUGGAUUUUAGAUUGUAGAUUAUGGUUAUGAUUUUAUGAUGUUGCAAAACUUUUCUUCUG